AUGGAUACCCAAGACCCCUUUCACAAGGUGAAUUGGAAGCCUGCCACGCUAUCUGAUGCACCCAUCUCCUUUCAGAAGAUUAUUCUUGUGCUUAACCCCAAUUCGAAGCAGGAAGACUUUCUUGUGUACAGAGGACAGCUGAUCGACGCGGGCUACAUGGUACUUGUAGUCAAAGACGCUACCGAGAUACCAUUACAUCUGAGUUCUGGGACUAUUAUUGUUCAUCUCCCUAAGCUGGGAAGGGAAAAGAACAGCGUCUAUGAAGUUGCUACAGAAUCCUGCAACAGUCUGAUAGCAGCGACACGAAUCCUUUCCAAACAUGACGGCUAUAAGGUGUUUACCGUCGUUACUACCGCGACUGGUGUUGGCCAACUUGGGCAUGCUCCCCUGUUUGGCUUGGCGCGGGCUUUGAAGAUGGAAAUGCCAAACACUUUCGGUGGACUGUUCGAAGCAGAACCGGAGUCAUUUCCACUUGAUGCAAUCAAGUAUGCGCAGGGCUUUGAUGUGGUUCGAAUCUGUCAUGGCGUUCCCCACAUAGCUUGCCUGCAGCCUUGCCCGAAGCAGCCAGAUGACGCUGUAACGCGUCUCCGGCUAAGACCAGAGUGCACCUAUCUUAUCAGUGGCGGUACACGGGGCAUGGGACUAAAGAUCGCAGGCUGGAUGGGCAAGCGUGGCGCCGGGAACAUCAUUCUGGUGGCGCGCCAUGGACUAGAGAAAGGUGCAAGCGAUGAUAGUAACAACACGCUCACAUCCCACAUGAAGGACCUGCAGAGUCGAGGUGUCACGGUACACGGCUUGAGUAUUGAUCUCGCUCUACCUGAGGCAGAAAAGUCCCUUCGACAGGGAAUUGCUUGUCUUCACCUUCCGCCGAUUAAAGGCGUCGUCCAUGCCGCCGGAGUUGCCCAAUAUAACACGUUGGACCGAUGCGAACCUUCCGACCUCGAUUACACCAUGGCGCCCAAAGCGCGUGGUGCGCUGGCCUUGGACGCUCUCUUCUCACCAGGGGAUCUGGACUUUUUCCUGCUGACCUCCUCCGUGGGACAACUUGUCGGGUUCCCAGGUCAGCUUACAUACGCGCCAGCAAAUGCCUUUCUAGACGGAUUCGCAGUCUACCGACGGCAGCAGGGAGAUUCCUGUACCUCCAUCCAAUGGACCUCCUGGCGCGGAGUGGGACUGGUGGCGCAGAACAAAUCGACGACGCGAAUGAUUGAUCGCGGCAUGCAAGCCCGAGGUAUUGAGUACAUGGCCCCAGAUGAGGCACUUGCUACAUUAGACCGGGUAGCUCAGCUCGCAACCGAUCACGUCGCCGUGGUCCGUGCUGUGACACUUGAAGCAGACGAGCCAGUGCGACACCCCAUACUCCAAGACAUCACACCACGCAAACCUGUGCGGCAAGCCCAGUGGGACUAUCCAGCCCACGCGGUGGCAGUCGUUGGACUGGCAUGCCGCACGGCUGCAGGCGAUACGGCAGAUGACUUAUGGGAUGUGAUUCGGACUGGACAGACGACAGUGCGGGAGAUUGAUGCAAGACGCUUCCCUGAAGCUGCCGCAAGGAAAGACCCCAAAUUGUGGGGAAACUUCCUCCCUGACCCCGAAUCCUUUGAUCAUGGCUUUUUUGGCAAGUCCAAACGCGAAUCAGCCGCUCUGGACCCUCACCAACGGCUUCUACUUGAGACGACUUAUCAUGCUUUAGAGUCAGCCGGAUGGCUGGCACAGGAAAAAAUACCCGAGAAACACAAUGGACCGGGUUUCGGAAAUACCACAGGCUGCUUUAUUGGUAUGAAUGCCCCAGAUUACCCUCUAAAUCUAGGAAGUCACGCCCCCAGCCCCUAUACAGGAGUUGGGAUGAUGCGAUCCUUUGUCGCGGGUCGCCUGAGUCAUCACUUCGGGUGGACUGGCCCUUCCCAUGUCAUUGAUACAGCCUGUUCUUCAGCCAUGGUGGCCAUCCACCAGGCCUGUCGUGCCCUUCAAGCAGGGGACUGUACCAGGGCAGUUGCGGGGGGUGUCAAUUUGAUCACCAAUUCGGUCUUUUUUGACGCAUUGCGAAGCGGAGGCUUCCUCAGCGAGACCGGUGCGUGCAAAACCUUCGACGCUCGGGCAGAUGGGUACUGCCGAGGUGAGGCCGUUGGGGUCCUGGUCCUUAAGCCUCUAUCCCAGGCACUGCAGGAUGGAGACGAGAUUCGGGGCAUUCUUCUAGGGACUGAGGAGAAUCAGAAUAUCAACAACACCACCAUUACUAAUCCAGUAUUGGACAGUCAGAAAGCACUCUAUCGUAAGAUUUUGACCCAAGGGGGUAUCUCAUCCAGCCAGGUAUCUUACGUCGAAGCCCAUGGCACCGGGACGCGCGCCGGUGAUCCCAUUGAAGUUGAAGGAAUCAGACAGGUGCUAGGGGGGCCUAAUAGAGACUCUCUAUUACAUAUCGGUGGAAUAAAAGCUAACAUUGGACACUCAGAGGGUGCCUCAGGGGUAAUCUCUCUGAUUAAAGUCUUGCUGAUGAUGAAGCAUCGCCAGAUUCCACCACAGGCGAACUUUGAGCGACUCAACCCCAACAUUACUGCCCUUGAGCCGGAUUGUAUGGCCAUUCCCACUUCUAUCCUUGGGUGGCACAGCUCUAGUGGCCCCCUAGUGGCUCUGGUGAAUAGCUACGGUGCGUCUGGGAGCAAUGCCGCGGCCCUGGUGGCCUCGCCUCCGCCGCCAGGACAACUUGCACAGUCUUUGCCUCCUUUAACGUCCGUCUCUUCACAAAUACUAUCAGCAUGGCCUGUCUCAAUCUCUGCAGCGUCGAAAGCCAGCAUAAGAGCCUACUGUCAGAAGCUAAGGGAGCUGAUUCUGCAACCUAACUUUCGUCCGGAGCUGGGCGAUCAUCUCGGCUUCGCACUCAGCAGCAAGCAGAAUCGGCAGCUUGGCCAUGCUUUCGCCACUACUGUCACAUCUGUGGAGGAACUGGACUCCCGGCUGUCCAGUCCUGAAAGAUACACCGUGGAGCGCGAAACCUCACGCCAGCCCAUUGUUCUUCUUUUCAGCGGACAGAAUGGCAAUACCGUUCCUGCUGCUCAGCCACUCUAUGGCACGUCAAUAAUCUUCCGGGACUUUCUACACCGCUGUGAUGAAGUGGUACAGUCCCUGCACGGCCCUAAUUUAUUUCCAUCUAUACUAGGCGGCAUCGACGGAAGCACUGACAUUGUUCUCCGCCAUACUGCCAUGUUUGCCAUUCAGUACUCAUCUGGUAUGACAUGGCUCGAAUGUGGGCUGAAGCCAGAUGCAGUUUGUGGGCAUUCAUUCGGGGAAUGGGCUGCGAUGACUGUCUCGGGUGCAAUGACGCUCGAGGCAGGAUUAAAGCUCGUUAUUGGUAUCAAAGCUGCGCUAGCACUAAAUGAGAAAGCAGGACGCGCAUCCAUCAUCAGAAAACAUUGGGGUCCUGAUCCCGGAGCGAUGGUUGCCAUCGAGACGGAUCUCGUGGGGACACAGACAACAGCCAGCCAACACCUAGAGCCUUUCCGUCGUAAACAUCCAAAUUUUACCUUCGAUAUUGCCUGCUAUAAUGGUCCCAAUAACUACGUUGUGGCUGGGCGGACGGAGGCCAUGGAUGCCUUGGAGACUGACUUGAGUCAGGAGAAGCGUCGCGGCGUCAAGCUCAGAUUUAAGAUGUUGCGUGGGAUGCAUGCCUAUCAUUCCGUUAUGGCAGACUCGAUCAUCGAUGAAUGUGCCAGACUGUCAGAUACAAUACCAUUUCAGACACCAGCCCUUCCAUUUGAAACAUGCCACAAGGAUCCGUGGACAGGCCCAGGGACAAAUUUCAUUGCUCGCAAUACUCGGGGACCAGUAUUCUUUGCCGAAGCAAUUUACCGAAUUGUCAGCCGACUAGAAGGGGGUCCAUGUAUCUUCCUCGAAGCUGGCAUUGGAGGCCCCGUCGUUUCUAUGGCCCGGAACGCGCUUUCGCCUUCCCUUACUUCCUCGAAACACCAAUCGCUGCAUACAUUCGUACCAGUCGAUGGAAAAGACCCAGUUCGCGGGCUAGCAGAGGCAGUACUUUUGCUGUGGCAGAACGGCCAUCCUUCUGCGCAGUUCUGGCCCUUUCAUCCAAAGCAACGAGCGAGCUAUCGCCCUAUGACCCUGCCGCAAUAUCAAUUCGAGAAAUAUCCGCAUUGGCUGGAGCAUAUUCCCAUCCAGUCUGGGAACAGAAACUUACAGCAUGCUCAGCAGCACUCUGGGACAUGUCCUCACUGCGGGAAGGAAACGGACGAAUAUCCUUACAUCACACUGGAGGGGUUGCCGCCCGGUUCGAACGAUGAAAUAAUCUUCCGUAUUGAUCCACGCAGCCCCCGGUAUCAGAAGCUGGUGAAGGGCCAUGUUGUUGUCGGAUCCCCUAUCAGUCCCGCCGCUAUGUAUUUGGAGUUGGUAACUCAUGCUGUAGUCCAAGCCGAGUGGAACGGGCAUACAGCGCCGCUCGCCAACCAGAGUGGUGAUGUUUGGGUUCAAGACUUAGACAUAAUGGCGCCGCUGGGGCUGGAUCCGCAGCUUCCUGUCUUGUUGACGUUGAAUAAGAAGAAAAACGGAGAUUUCAAAUUCCAGCUCUCAUCCACCAACAAUUUUGGCAAGCCAAAUUUGCCGUCAAAGUUGAUAUACCAUGCAACCGGCAUUGUAUCCCUACAGGCGCAGAAUACAGGCGUGCCGUCAGGGUACUCGGGCGGGUGGGCGCGUCUGACACGUCUUCUCGAAGAAGAACAGGAGAUGGACGAGUUGCGUGGUCCCAUGGUAUAUAAGGUCUUUUCCAGAAUGGUGAAGUACUCCGCUAUAUACCGAGGCCUACGAUUGAUUGUGGGAAAGGGAGAAGAAGCAGCCGGGGUUAUUUCUAUGCCUCUCACAAGCCCGGAGCAGGCUAAUGAGCGAGACCGAUCUUUUAACGACAGUAUCGCUGACCCACUGAUUCUGGAUAACUUCAUGCAGGUUCCCGGAGCCUUUGUGCACUCUCUGCGUGUUGCAGACAAUCCAGAUGAUGAAGACAGUGACAUGUCGUUUAUCUGCACGGGAAUGGGAUCAGUUGGUCCUUUGACAAAGCUGCCGUGCAGCGAGUCCUACAGGGUGUAUGCGAAGAUCUUGCGAGAGGAUCAGAAAGAGAUCAGGCUAGAUCUCCUUGCCUUCGAUGCCGAUAGCGCUACGAUGGUUUGGACCGCGCAGGGCCUCAGGUUCUCGAGGGUUCCCCGCCCUUCACUGGCUAAGGCAUUGGCAGCCUCAAUGCCAUCUGUGCACGAUUCCAGGGAGGUGCUGCAGAGAAAGCCUGUGGCCGAGAAGAUGACCUCCGAACUUACGGACAAGAAUUCCCCUCCUCUUCCGCCAACUAUACCUCAAGUCCGUAGUUUUAUUUUGGAUGGGAUCCAAACAGUCCUCAGUAUGUGUCUGGAUGUACCCUGUCAGGACGUGAGCAGACCUGCCACGCUGAGAGCGCUAGGAACCGACUCACUUGUUAGCGCGGAAAUUUUGUCCAGUAUCCGGGUCCUAUUUGACAUUGACAUAUCUGCAAACGAGUUCACAUCGCUGAAUACAGUCGGAGAUCUCUGCGAUCUUGUCAGAAUGCGGCUCGGACGUGCUGAUCCUGAUGAUCACGACGUCGCCAUGCAGACAUCCGACCCAGGCAGGGAGACCACCCCUGAAGUCAACAAUGAGUGGCAAGAAGCGGUCUCUGCAAUUCUUAGUCAUUCCCUGGAGGUUCCUGUAUCCGAAAUUAGACAGGACUCAAUCCUCGAGGACCUUGGCGUCGAUUCACUCAUCACCCCCGAAAUUAUUAACAACAUCAAGGAAUCAUUAAAUGUUGAGCUCUCUUCAGCCGAGUUCUCAGGGUUGGUAGAUGUGGAUUCCCUAUUGGAUCUGCUCGCGGAUGCUUUGGGGCUGGAGGAUGCCAAGCCGACCCCAACCACAGGUUCAUCCGGCAUCUCGGAUGCAGUGGCUCCAUCGGACCCAGUUAUGCCAACCGUCUUUCAGCAGAUCCGCCGCAAUUACGACGCCCAUGCCAAAGCCUUCCAGCUGUCAGGCUACUGGGAGAAUGUGUAUCCUGUGCAGUUGCAAGUCGUGUCUGCAUUUAUCUUGGAAGCGUUCAAGAACUUGGGGUGUCCAAUCCGCGAGCUCCAGCCCGGGGAGACGUUGCCCCUUCUGCAAGGAAUACUACCCAAGUAUCAUCGUCUCGUACGCCGACUGCAUAACAUUCUUGUAGAAGCCAACAUCAUAAGGCAUAAACCGGAAGCCGACUACGAAGUCUUUAUCUGCGGACCCACAUCCCCUCCAGUCAAGCUUGCAGCCCAGCUGAGCCAGGAGUUGAUGGAGGAAUUUCCUGUCUUUGCAUCCACCCACGGGCUACCUGAUCUUCUCGGACCGCACCUCGCCGAGUACCUCAUCGGCCACGCCGAUCCAGUGCCUCUUCUCUUUGGCAGUGAGCGUGGGCGACACUUGCUCGAAGAGUUCCACGCCAAUGCACCCGAUAUUCGCGCCGCCACUCAGGUCCUGUGUGACUUUGUCUCGGCUGCCAUCAGUGCUCAUGCGGAAGCCGCCAACGACACAGAGCCAUUUCACAUACUCGAAGUCGGUGCUGGCACCGGAGGCACAACCAAACAUCUCAUCCCGCUACUCCAGGCCACUGGAAUUCCCUUUACCUACACCUUUACCGAUCUCUCUGUCUCUCUUCUCGCGCGUGCAAAACGGUCAAUUUUUGCGGGCGUCGCUUGCAUGGAGUUUCGCCAAUUUGAUCUCGAGGCAGUCCCGGAGCCGGAGCACCACGGGCACUACCACCUGGUCAUCUCCGCCAACUGCGUUCAUGCAACCCGAGACCUCCGCCAGAGCCUGCAGCAUAUACGCCGGGUCCUGCGUCCAGAUGACGGAUGCGUAGCAUUACUCGAACUGACGGAGAAAUUGCCGUGGUACGACCUGGUCUGGGGCCUCCUGGAUGGGUGGUGGCUUUUCGACGACGGCCGGGACUACCCACUGCAGAGCCCACAUGCCUGGGAGCGUGUGAUGCAUGAAGCCGGUUUCCCGCACGUUGACUGGUCUGAGAGCGUCAGCCAAGAAAAGCGCGGUGUGCAGGUGGUGUGCGGCUUCACUACUCCUGCUGCCCCAAAGCCAUGGCAGGAACUGCAGCAAAACCUCAAAACGCCCUCAACUCUAUUGCAUCGGGGGCCCGUCGCUGUGACGCGACAGCGCAAUCUAUUCCUAAUGCCCGACGGAUUCGGAUCGGGGGCCGUUUUCACGGCGCUAGCACCGUACUUGGCGCGCGUACCGGAUACUUCGGCCUACGCACUCAGUAGCCCAUUCCUGUCAUUGGUGGCGACGAAUCGCGUUAAUAUCGAUCAGCUACCCUCCAUUGAGGUGUUAUCAAGUAUUUAUAUGGAAGAGAUCAAAAAGCGACAGCCGACGGGACCGUAUCUCAUUGGGGGUUACUCGCUGGGCGGGGUGGUGGCCUUCGAGGCAGCGCGCCAACUGGUGGAAGCGGGUGAUAUCGUGGAGCGGCUGAUGUUGAUCGACUCGGCGAGCCCAAGCAAGGUGCACUCAUUCCCUGAUGAACUAGUGCAGUUCCUGGAUACGAUUGACGCGACCAAUAACCACAAUAAUAGUGCCCAGGGAACCGUGGGCAGCAGCGCCCACUUCACUUUAUCUCGGGAACAGCUGCGGCAAUACCGUGUGCGUCCGCUGCGGGAGUUGCAAGAGGGUGUCAUCCGAGACGUGGUUCUCUUUUCAGCGCGCGAGGGGGUCGACAAGCAAGAGACCGUGCCUCGACCGAAGGUGGAAAGCGACGAACAGAGCGCUGUGGAUUGGUUUUUGGAUGAUCGGGUCGACGACGGGGCACUGGGGUGGGAGGAUUUACUGGAUAAUGUGCGAGUGAUCCGCGUUGAGGGGAAUCACUUUUCAUUAAUGGAUGCGUCGAAUGUGAGCUCAUGGGGUCCGAAAUUGGCAGAUGUUCUGGUCGGUUAG